GUCUAAUUUCCUAUAUAUCAUUUCUCCGAUAUGUCCAUGUACUCCCUUGUACAAUUCUGCAUAUAUACAUGCUCCCUCUAUAUUUAUCGACAUAGUUUGAUCAUUUGAGAGAUUAUACAAAGCUAGCCUUGCAGCACAAGCUCGAUCAUGGUCGACAUGGCUGGAGAAGUAGCAUUCAUCUGCCUCUUGCUGGUGUGCCUCUGUUCCCACUCUCUGGCUUUGUCUCCUCCUCCUCCUCCUCCUUCUUCUCCGGUGAGCAGCAACGACGCAACAAAGGCCACCGUCGACGAGCUCGCGCUGCUCUCCAUUAAGUCCAUGCUCUCGAGCCCAUCCAGCUCGCCGCUGGCCUCAUGGAAUAGUACUAGUUCCAUCCAUCACUGCAGCUGGCCGGGCGUCGUCUGCAGCCGCCGCCACCCGGGCCGUGUCGCCGCGCUGCGCAUGGCCUCCUUCAACCUGUCCGGCGCCAUCUCGCCGUUCUUGGCCAACCUGUCCUUCCUCAGGGAGCUGGACCUCGCCGGGAACCAGCUCGCCGGCGAGAUACCGCCGGAGAUUGGCCGUCUAGGGAGGCUCGAGACUGUUAACCUGGCCGCCAAUGCUCUCCAAGGCACUCUCCCUUUGUCCCUGGGUAACUGCACGAAUCUCAUGGUUCUUAAUCUGACCAGCAACCAGCUCCAAGGUGAGAUCCCUUCUACAAUUGGCGCCAGAAUGGUGAAUCUUUACAUAUUGGACCUCAGACAAAAUGGCUUUUCUGGAGAGAUCCCUCUGUCGCUCGCCGAGUUGCCAUCCUUGGAGUUUUUGUUUCUGUACAGUAACAAGUUAUCAGGAGAGAUACCCACUGCUCUCAGCAACCUCUCCGGCCUCAUGCAUCUUGAUCUCGACACCAACAUGUUGUCUGGAGCUAUCCCUUCAUCUUUGGGCAAGUUAUCCAGCUUGAUAUGGCUGAAUCUAGCCAAUAACAACUUGAGUGGAACCAUCCCUUCAUCCAUUUGGAACAUUUCUUCAUCUCUUUGGGGCCUUAAUAUUCAGCAAAACAAUUUGGUUGGAGUGGUACCAACAGAUGCAUUCACCGCACUUCCUGAACUCCGGACGAUAUCAAUGGACAAUAACCGAUUUCAUGGCCGUCUCCCUACCUCUCUGGUUAAUGUCUCACAUGUGAGAAUGCUUCAACUUGGUUUUAAUUUUUUCAGUGGCACUGUCCCUUCUGAGCUUGGAAUGUUAAAAAAUCUGGAACAGUUCCUGCUCUUUGCCACUUUGCUUGAAGCUAAAGAACCUAGAGACUGGGAAUUCAUCACUGCAUUAACAAAUUGCUCUCGGCUGAAAAUCUUGGAACUGGGAGCUAGUAAGUUUGGUGGGGUCCUUCCUGAUUCACUCUCCAAUCUUUCCACUUCAUUACAAACUCUCUCCCUUCAAUACAACACAAUAUCAGGACGCAUACCUAAAGAUAUUGGUAAUCUCAUUGGCUUACAAUCUCUUACACUAGAUGAUAACUCUUUCAUAGGAACCCUACCUUCAUCCUUGGGUAGGCUUCAAAAUCUGAAUCUUCUAUCAGUUCCUAAGAACAAGAUUAGUGGAUCAGUCCCACUGGCCAUUGGAAAUCUUACAAAACUUAGUAGUUUAGAACUCCAAGCAAACGCCUUUAGCGGUGAAAUACCAAGCACUGUUGCAAACCUUACAAAGUUGUCAGCACUUAACCUUGCUAGGAAUAAUUUUACAGGUGCAAUUCCUAGGAGAUUAUUCAACAUACUCAGUCUCUCCAAAAUUUUGGAUAUAUCCCACAACAAUUUGGAGGGGUCAAUACCACAGGAAAUUGGGAAUCUAAUAAAUCUUGAAGAAUUCCACGCACAGUCAAACAUAUUAUCAGGUGAAAUCCCUCCUUCCUUAGGGGAAUGCCAACUUCUCCAGAAUGUCUACCUCCAAAAUAACUUCUUAAAUGGUACUAUUUCAUCAGCCCUGGGCCAGCUAAAAGGUCUAGAAAGUCUUGACCUCUCAAAUAAUAAGCUGUCAGGUCAAAUACCCAGAUUCUUAGGGAACAUCAGCAUGCUUAGUUAUCUGAAUCUUUCAUUCAACAACUUUUCCGGUGAAGUGCCAGAUUUCGGUGUUUUCGCAAACAUCACAGCAUUCUUAAUCCAAGGCAAUGAUAAACUAUGUGGUGGAAUACCUACUCUGCACUUGCGUCCAUGUUCUUCAGGUUUACCAGAGAAGAAACAUAAAUUUCUAGUAAUUUUUAUAGUCACCAUUUCUGCUGUUGCAAUACUAGGCAUUCUUCUGUUGCUCUACAAGUAUCUUAAUCGGCGGAAGAAAAAUAACACCAAAAACUCUUCAGAAACCUCAAUGCAAGCGCAUCGUUCGAUAUCUUUUUCGCAGUUGGCUAAAGCAACAGAGGGAUUCUCUGCAACCAAUUUGUUGGGUUCUGGGACAUUUGGCUCUGUGUACAAAGGAAAAAUAGAUGGUCAAACUGAUGAAAGUGCAGAAUAUAUUGCUGUGAAGGUACUGAAACUUCAAACUCCAGGAGCACACAAGAGCUUCGUCGCAGAAUGCGAAGCACUCAAAAAUCUGCGACACCGGAACCUAGUCAAGGUUAUUACAGCCUGCUCAAGCAUUGAUACCAGAGGGUAUGACUUCAAAGCAAUCGUUUUUGACUUCAUGCCUAAUGGUAGUUUAGAAGAUUGGCUGCAUCCUAAACCAGUUGACCAAACUGAAAUGAAAUACUUGGGUCUUGUCCAGAGAGUGACUAUUCUACUCGAUGUGGCUUAUGCACUGGAUUAUCUUCACUGUCGUGGUCCUGCUCCUGUUGUGCACUGUGAUAUUAAAUCAAGUAAUGUGCUCUUGGAUUCUGACAUGGUUGCCCAUGUGGGAGACUUUGGCCUAGCUAAGAUUCUUGCUGAGGGAAGCUCAUCUCUCCAACACUCAACAAGCUCAAUGGGAUUCAGAGGGACAAUUGGUUAUGCUGCUCCAGAGUAUGGAGCUGGAAACAUAGUAUCCACAAAUGGGGAUAUUUAUAGCUAUGGAAUACUUGUAUUAGAGACAGUGACUGGGAAGAGGCCUACUGAUAACAGAUUCAGACAAGGGUUGAGCCUUCGUGAAUAUGUCGAGCAAGCUCUCCAUGGCGAGACGAUGGACAUUGUUGAUAGCCAGUUAACUUUGGAGCUGGAAAAUGAAUGCGCAUUGCAGGAUUCUUCAUACAAGAGAAAGAUCGAUUGCCUUAUUUCACUUCUUAGGCUUGGAGUAUCCUGCUCUCAUGAAUUGCCAUUGAGCAGAAUGCGGACAACGGAUAUUGUCAAUGAACUGCAUGCCAUGCGAGAAUCUCUCUUGAGAGAAUACAGGAUUGAAGAUGGAAGUUAUGUCAAUGUAACAUUGGAAUGAUCAUGUGGAGAUACCAUGCAGCGGUAAUUUUUAAAAUAUUGCAGACAUUGCUGUACUCCCUUUUAAAGUACACAAAUUUUACUAUGGUCUCUACUAGACUGUAGGUAAAAGAUACGACAAACAUCUUGUUAUUUUUUCA